AACAUAUUAGACUUCUAUUGGAUUGUUUAUUGAAAUUUUAACAGCAUAUCAUGUGAGAUAAGAGCUUGCAUUCUAUUAUUGAUCGGCUGGGAUGAAUCACCAUAAUUCUUAGGAAAAUUCAGUAUAUCGGUGUUUUUUUAAGGGAGCAGUUGUUUUCCUGUUUUCUGUUGUUUCCUCUUAUCUUGAUUGAUUGUUGAAUUGAGUGUUUUGUUUUUUUUUUUGCAGAAUAUGGCCUGCUCGAAAAAAUGUCAGAAAGUUACGCUUUUUUCAAUUUCGGCGAUUCUUUUGAUUUUCGGUUUGGUUCUGGUGCUAACUUGGCAGGGAAUAAUCAACAGUAUAGUGAAAACGGAACUGUCUCUGGAGAAUGAGAACACGCAGCAAUUCAAAUUUUGGAAAGAAACCCCAAUACCAAUGUACCUAGAAAUCUAUUUAUUCAAUUGGACGAAUGCAGCAGAUUUCGAAGAUGGCAAACCGUGGACCAGAAAACCAAUUUUUAAAGAAUUGGGGCCUUACACUUUCAAGGAGCACCACUCUAGAGUCAACAUCAAAUAUAACGAUAAUUAUACAGUCAAUUUCAACACAAUACGCACCUGGCAUUUUGUACCUGAAAAAACUAUGGGCUCUUUAGAUGACAAUAUAACAACAUUGAAUGCUAUCGCCUUGACAGUUGGUAAUAUAGUUAAGCAUAAAUCUCUUCUUGUAAGGAGAGGUGUAAACUUUCUACUCGAGGAAAAACAAAUAAAAUUGACUGUGACCAAAACAGUUAGGGAAUUCCUUUUCGAAGGCUACAAUGAUACAUUGUUGAAUUUUCUGAAGAAGAUACAUCUGAAGGGUAUAGACAUUCCAUUUGACAAAUUCGGAUGGUUUUACAAUAGAAAUGGUUCAGCGACUUACGAUGGGAAUUUCACCAUGUUCACAGGGGCGGAUGAUAUAGACAAAUUGGGUAUUAUAACCAGGUGGAAUCAAAGUCCAAAAUCACCUGCGUAUCCCGGUUUUUGUGGUAUGGUGAAUGGUACGUCAGGAGAGCUAUGGUAUCCAUUGAAAGAUUCCAAAAAAAUAUCUAUAUUCACCGCAGACACAUGCAGUUCCUUGAAUCUUGAAGCAAACGGAAGUUACUCUACUUUUGGGAUAGAAGGAAAUGUUUAUGCUCAAACCGAGCGCCUGUUUGAUAAUGGCACGAAAUAUCCAGAAAUGGCCUGCUUCAGUCCCGGUAUAAGUUUACCAACUGGUGUGAGGAAUGUGUCGCAAUGCAAGUUUGGUGCCCCUGCUUUUAUGUCAAUGCCUCACUUUUAUAUGGCCGAUUCGUCCUACUUGGAAGCAGUGGAUGGUUUGAAACCAGAUCCAAGCAAACACAAUUUUUAUUUAGCCCUUGAACCAAAUACUGGUUUGCCCCUCAAAGUUCAUGCAAGCUUACAAGUUAGUUUGUAUUUGGAGAAAAUAAAAGGAAUUAGCAUGUUUGAAAAUGUGCAAACAACAAUGAUGCCUGUACUAUGGUUCCAUCAAGAUGCAGCAAUAACAGAAAACUUAGCCGGUCUUGCAAAAACACUCAUCAUUCUACCAAAUAUUGGAAUGUACACAGCAUACGGAGUCAUAGGUCUAGGCUUUCUUCUGUGUGUUAUAGGUUCUUUCAUCACUGCCAGAAACAAUUGGAGAGGUACAGAAGAUGAAGAACCUUUAACACAGAACCACCUCUAAUUUUUCUAUUAUAAUUCAGAGUAGGAGGAGAUAUUAAACCUAGGCUCAAUUUUGAAUUAGCUUAAGCUAUAAACUGUGAUAUUUGAUACUUCAUUGCUGAGAUUCAUAUUUGUACUGAAAACUGAUAUAGGAGAGGAUAGGGAAAAACCAAAUAUUGAAAUGUACGUAUUUUUUAUAUUCAGAAUCAGUUUGUGUGAUGAUCUGAAUAUAUUUUUCAGGAAAGCUUUUGGUGCCAUUUGAAUUAUAAAAGCAAGUAAUUGAAAAAAAGUACAGAAGAAGUCAUUAUACCUUGAGCAUUUUUGUUGAGAAUUUAUAUGUAUAAUAAAACUUGUUACUUGAAGGAAUAAAUACUUAUUUAUUUUUAA